AUGCUCAUUUCUUCCUUUUUACUCUCAAACUCAAACACAUCUUCUUCUUCUUUUUUCUUCUCUUUCUUGUCUUUGUUUCUUUCAAAUUUCUCUAAACCCCUAAAAGUCUCAACACUCAUGACUUCGCCGGAGCUAAUUCUCCGACUAAGGUAGUAAAGUCUAAACCAUUCAACCCGACCCGGAACUUGAAACGGAUCGGAUCUGAAGUGUGUGUAACAUUCACCGUUUAGCCCCACUUUCUAGAAAGAGAAAGUGAGGUUGAGUUAAGAUAGAGAGAGAAAGAAGAAGAAGAAGAAAAUGUACAAGAACCAGCUUCAAGAGCUGGCACAAAGAAGCUGCUUCAACCUACCUUCGUACACGUGCAUUCGGGAAGGUCCCGAUCACGCGCCGAGGUUCAAAGCGACGGUUAACUUUAACGGCGAGAUCUUUGAAUGUCCUCAGUAUUGCAAUACACUUCGACAAGCGGAACAUUCUGCUGCUGAGGUGGCACUCAAUUCACUCUCACACCGUGGCCCUUCUCAUUCCCUCGCCGCAAAAAUCCUUGAUGAGACGGGAGUGUACAAGAAUCUCUUACAAGAAAUUGCACAAAGGGUAGGGGCUCCACUGCCGCAGUAUACAACUUUCAGGUCAGGGCUAGGACAUCUACCUGUUUUUACCGGGACGGUAGAAUUAGCUGGAAUUACGUUUACUGGUGAACCUGCAAAGAAUAAGAAACAAGCAGAGAAAAAUGCAGCUAUGGCAGCUUGGUCGUCUCUAAAGCAAUUGGCGAAAGAAACUGCAAGCUCAUCAACCGAACCGGAGAACAAUGAUGAACUAGAACAGAUCACCAUAGCUCGGGCCUUACUGAACUACCGUCUGAAAGAAAAAAUGGCAAUGUCAAAUCCAAAUGCUCCGAUUCCAUUUCCAAUGAAGUUUCAAUUUCAAAAUCCGAGACCAACCAGUCCUCAACCUCGUCCAGCAACAUCAAAAAUACUUCCCCUGAUUUGCCAAAGGACAGCACAUCGAAGCAGGCACACCGCAACUGUAGCGUCCAGCAGUGACAAUUCCAUUAUGCCACCAUUUUCUUCUACACCUGAAAUCCGAUGGACCCGUCGCCCGAAAUUCCCUGCAGCAGGAGCAGCACCUUAUGUUCCCAUUCGACAUAUGCGUUCACCUUGCCAGGGAAUUGCACCUCCAGUGACUAUUAGGACUGCAAUACCUGUAUUCUCCCCGCCACCGGCCGCUGUGUCCCCUCAAAUAAUACGGCCUCCUCCUGUACAUGUUGCUUCUCCAAUCAAUAUUCGGCAAGCAGUUCCAGUAAAUGCUGCUCCACCGGUUCGACUAGAUGAACCUGUUCCAAUCAGCAAAGUCGAUCCAGCACUAUACGCUGCUCCACCCGUUCGAGUUGAAGAACCUGUUUCCAUCAGCAAAGAAGGUCCAGCAUCAGCUGUAUAUUCCACUCCACCUGUUCAAAAAGAUGAUCUUGUACCCAACGGCAAAGAUGAUUCAGCACCAGUAGUUGAUACUACUCCACCAUUUCAAAAAGACGAACCUAUUGCCAUCAGCAAAGAUGAUUCAGUGCCAACUACUGGUGCUCCUAAUGAGAAAGAUAAAACUGAGCACAUUCAAGCAGAAUCUGAGACAAUGAAGAGCUUGGAGCAGCUGAAAAUUUGAUUGAGAAUCAAUCUAGAGUUUGUUUUUCUGAUCUCUUAUAAUGAGUGAUGAAAUAGUUGGUGUGAUGAAGAUUAGCAUAAGCAGUGGAAUGAAUAUAUGUGAGAAAUUGAAAGAGCAGUUUAGCACAUAAUUUGCUCAUAUUUUUGAUAUUAUGUUAUGUUGGUGAUAUCUUAGUAUACCUGUUCAGUGAAUUUGUUGGAUUCUUGCAUUACUUAGAAGUUUUUUUUGGUAAAAUCAUCACUUAGGAACUGAUGGAAAAUAAUUAAAAGGAAUUUAGCAGCCCAGCCCAGUUGAAUCAUCACUUCAAAAUACCCUUAUUGAUAGGUAUUAUAUUCACUCUUUGAAUUUGACUUACAGUUUGGAUAUUAA